AUGUUGCCUCUCCUGCUCAUCUGUCUCCUGCCAGUCACUGUGGGAAAGAGCUGUCUCCGCUGCUGGCCAGAGCUGCCUUCCUUGGUGGACUAUGACCUACAGAUUCUCUGGGGCAGCCCUGGGCCUCCCACAGAGCUCUCACAAAGCCUCCAUUCCCUCCUCAUGGAGGACAACCCCACGCUCAAAUUCUGGUAUCUUGAUCGGGACCAACUGGAAGAAGAGACAGCCAGAUUCUUCAGCCAAAUAGACCAGACCAUUAGGAAGCUACGGGAUGAUAAAGUAUCACUUCUGGAAGAGAUUAAUUCACAAAAGAGUCUCUUUGCUGAGAGAUUAAAUGAGAGAUCCGAUGAGCUGAGGGAAAAGGCCUGCAAUGAGUCUUGUGAUAUCCAGUCCACAAUGGAGAUCACUGAGUGUGCCAACUGCAGGAUUUACUACCUGUCCUGCAAUGACCCUUCCUUCUGCCCAGUGAUGAUGAUGCAGAACUACAAGUGGACUCUGAUCCUCGCAGUCUGUACUGGGUUCAUGCUGGCCAUAGCUGUAACUGGGAACCAGACGUGA